CGGGCUUCAUCAGGCGUCAGAGGCAGGCAGCGCCGUGACUCGUGUCUGCGUGGAGUGACCAAUGAGCAGCCGGAGCUGGAGAUAUAAAUAACGAAUAUAAAUAAUCCUGGGGAGGAAAAAAGGAAAAGAAACGGGCCACUUCGGCACCAGUGGAACGGAUCUGAUGUUUUAGUGCGCUCGCUGCUAAUCCCGACAUUUCCGCCUCUGGAUGGUUUUUUGGGAGCUAAUUAGAAUAAAAUUGAGUUCUGGACAACCUGCGCGCCUCUGAGCCGUUCCCAGCUGGAGACCACAUUACGGAGGAGUGAUGGCCACGUCCGAACCGAGAGCCACCGGCGGGGACCAGGACCCCAACUCUGCUAAUUUAAGACCCCAGUCUGGAACCUACGAGUAUGCGUGGAUGCACGGCUGCACGCGGAAGCUCGGGAUGAAGAUCUGCGGCUUCCUGCAGAAGAACAACAGUCUGGACGAGAGAGGGAGACUCUCGGGCCAGAAGAACCUGCUCUCGUGCGACAACAGCGACCGGGACGCGCGCUUCCGGCGCACAGAGACGGACUUCUCCAACCUGUUCGCCAGAGACCUUCUGCCAGCUAAAAAUGGGGAGGAGCCCACCUUGCAGUUCCUGCUGGAGGUGGUGGACAUCCUUACAAACUACAUCAAGAAAACGUUUGAUCGCUCCACCAAGGUUCUGGACUUCCACCACCCUCACCAGCUGCUGGAGGGAAUGGAGGGCUUUAACCUGGAGCUGUCGGACCAGCCAGAGUCCCUGGAGCAGAUCCUGGUGGACUGCAGGGACACACUCAAAUAUGGAGUCCGGACAGGUCACCCCCGCUUCUUCAACCAGUUAUCUUCCGGUUUGGACAUCAUUGGUCUGGCAGGAGAGUGGCUGACGUCUACAGCAAACACCAACAUGUUCACCUAUGAGAUCGCUCCGGUGUUCGUGCUGAUGGAGCAGCUGACUCUGAAGAAGAUGAGAGAGAUGAUUGGCUGGCCAGGUGGAGAAGGAGACGGCCUCUUCUCUCCAGGGGGCGCCAUCUCCAACAUGUACAGCGUGAUGAUCGCUCGCUACAAGUAUUUCCCUGAAGUAAAGACCAAGGGCAUGGCUGUUGCGCCGCGCCUUGUUCUCUUCACAUCUGAACAUAGCCACUACUCCAUAAAGAAGGCUGGGGCGGCUCUUGGCUUCGGUACUGAUAACGUUGUCCUGCUGAGCACAGAUGAAAGAGGGAGAGUCAUACCUGCAGAUCUGGAAGCUAAAGUCAUUGAUGUUAAACAGAAGGGUCACGUGCCACUCUUUGUUAAUGCAACUGCUGGUUCCACUGUGUACGGGGCGUUUGAUCCCAUCAAUGAGAUUGCUGACAUCUGUGAGAAGUACAACUUAUGGCUCCAUGUUGACGGCGCCUGGGGCGGUGGACUGCUGAUGUCUAGGAAGCACCGCCAUAAGCUAAACGGAGUCGAGCGGGCCAACUCCGUCACAUGGAACCCUCACAAGAUGAUGGGCGUCCCUUUGCAGUGCUCUGCCAUCCUGGUCAGAGAGAAGGGAAUCCUGGCUGGAUGUAACUCCAUGUGUGCCGGCUACCUGUUCCAACCAGACAAACAGUAUGAUGUCACCUACGACACCGGAGACAAGGCCAUCCAGUGUGGCCGGCACGUUGACAUCUUUAAGUUCUGGCUCAUGUGGAAAGCCAAGGGCACCGUAGGGUUUGAGCAGCACAUCGACAAGUGUUUGGAGCUGUCUCAGUACCUCUACAACAAGAUCAAGAACAGGGAAGGGUAUCAGAUGGUGUUUGAUGGAGUGCCCCAGCACACCAACGUCUGCUUCUGGUACAUCCCACCCAGCCUGAGAGGAGUUCCCGACAGCCACGAGAGGCAAGAAAAGCUCCACCGGGUGGCUCCAAAGAUCAAGGCCAUGAUGAUGGAGUCGGGUACCACCAUGGUGGGAUACCAGCCCCAGGGCAACAAGGUCAACUUUUUCCGUAUGGUCGUGUCCAACCCCGCUGUCACCCAGUCCGACAUCGACUUCCUCAUCGAUGAGAUCGAGAGGCUAGGCCACGAUCUGUAGACCUGUGAGCCGACAUGCAUUAGGCGUGGUCUCGUCUUUCAAAGACAAACCGUGAAGCAUUCAGAGUGCUGCAGACGGAAGAACGAGGUUUCAUCAAGUCUUCGCCUGGAGCACUUUAAAUGUUUCUGCUAGAGACUCGCUCAUUAUUUCAACAGAAUCAGACGUGUGUGAGUGCGUGUGUGUGGUCUUUCAAUGUGUAAAUAUAUGUUACCUGGAAUUUUAAUGUAUGAGACAGAGUGAGCGUGUGCCUGUUUGACAACAGAAUGGGAGAAAAAGCACAGAACAGUAAAAUAUCACAAAGUUGUUUGCUGUGUCAAACAUUAGCUUCUCAUGACGAGCUUACAGUGUGUGUGUGUGUGCGUGCGUGUGUGCGUGCGUGCGUGUGCGUGUGUGUGUGUGUGUCUGUGCGUGUGUGUGCAUGUGUGUGUGUGUGUGUGUGCGUUAGGGUUGUCACGAUACUAAAAUUUCAAACUCGAUUCGAUACUUGAAAUAAAACUCGAUACUCGAUUUCGAUACUAUUUAAAAACACCAAUUUAUUGAACAAGUUUAUUCAAAAAAUAACAUUCCUCAAUUUAUAUUGCAAAAAUUAAAUGUUAAGAAUUAAGUGUAUAAAGUGCUUAAACCUUUCAA